AGAGAAGAGACCUACGCAUCACCGGGCACCGGACACCUCUCGCGCGCACACCAUCCAGAAUUGAAAUAUUCCGUCCGCACUCUCACUACUACAGUAUUCAAGGCGCGGCUCGAACUAUAACAGACAACAGGUGGAAAGGAGAUAGACAAGCAAAACUUUUUCACAACUCAGAGAUUGUGUUUACUGACUCCGCUAUUCUGCCGCGUAAAAGGAACAUAGGUAGAUAGACCUAAUUGGAAGGAUAACUACAGCAGGUGUAGUGAGAAAGGGGAGGCUGCAAGAGAACCUUAGCCUUUGGACACACGCACCCAAAGGAUUCUUCGUUUUUUCGUCAACAGAAACGUAUUUAUUUAGGAAUCCAAAUAAUCUACGAAAUCUUUUUUUUUCAAGAUGGCAAACUCGGGAAUUCAACUUUUAGGAUUCGCCCUGUCACUCGUCGGUGUUAUUGCACUCAUUGUGGGGACCAUUCUGCCACAGUGGAAGAUGUCUGCGUACAUAGGAGACAACAUCAUAACGGCGGUUGCCAUGUACCAAGGAUUAUGGAUGUCAUGCGCUUUUCAGAGCACAGGGCAGCUCCAAUGUAAAAUAUACGACUCGAUCCUGCAGCUCGACAGUGCUCUCCAGGCCACCCGUGCCCUGAUGAUCGUUGGCAUCAUCGUAUCCAUCGCUGGGCUGGGCGUGGCCACCAUGGGCAUGAAGUGUACCACCUGCGGAGGGAACAACAAAGUGCGCAAGUCUCGGACCGCCAUGACUGGAGGCAUCAUCCUACUGAUUGGAGCUCUGUGUGCAGUAGUGGCCUGUUCAUGGUUCGCUCACAAUGUCAUCCGGGCCUUCUAUAACCCUUAUACUCCUGUCAACACCAAGUUUGAGUUUGGAGCAGCCAUCUUCAUUGCCUGGGGAGGUUCUUUCCUGGACGUGCUGGGGGGAGCCAUGCUGGCAUCUUCCUGCCCCAGGAGUAAAAAGCCGGUGCCCAAAUACCCCGCCAUGAGUGGCGUGAGCGCCCGCUCACCCCCCAGCAGCACCAAGGAGUAUGUGUGAGUGCCCUCUACUGCCGAUAACCGGAAUAACAGAAGCUUGAACAUGAAAGAGUUUGUACAUGGAGUCGAACGUGACUAGUCUGUUGUACUUAUGGGGCGAAAUGUUUGUCGCGCAAAAGAGCACAGAUAUGUAUAAGAAAUACCGUAAACUUCAUUAUAUUCUGGCACCGUGAUUUAAUCUGAAUCUUUUCUUCAACAAUGUGUAGUAAGGAUGCGGUUAUUUAACUAGAGUUUAGUAAACUGAGCAAUGCAUAAAGAGUAACGCAUGAGUUUCAAAUUAAACCAGCUGCCAGAUUACAAUGAGAUUUACAUUUUUUUUUUUUUUUUUUGCACAGAUCUGUGCUCUUUUGGACAGCGUAAAUGUUGCCCAUGAAGUUUGCAUUUGGGGGGCAUAUCGGGAUAGCAUGACAGGAUGACAAAAAAAGAAAGAAUUACUGGAUGUGAAUAUAGUUUUACAGAGUAGACAGCCCGACCCCCCACCCCAACAAGACUAUCAUGCAGUAGUUUGUUUUUGAGUGACGUCUCUCACCCCCUCCCAACAUUCCACAAAUGUUUCUGAAUUUAUGAGUGGGCCUCACAAAUACACUGUAAUUGGUUAUUGGAUGCGCCUUAUAUUAACAGACCGUGUCUUAGGGUGUAUGUUCUCGUAUUACACACACACACACACACACGCACACACACACACACACACACACACACACACACACACACACACACACACACACACACACACACACACACACACACACACUUCUCGUAUUACAGCCAAGAUGCAGCAUCAUGGCAAACACUCUCACCCCCCUGUAAGAAACACUGUGUAUUUAAUUUAGCAUUUCCAUUGUAAUUGAAGGUAAUAAAUUAAACUCGGUGUGGUGCUAAGGGCAUACUUUUGGCAUACUCAGGGGAUGGCUAUGUAUGUAUAAUAGCAAAAGGGACUAGCGCGCCACCAGUUCUUUUACAAUGGAGUUUUCUGUAGACAUGACUGUCUCCAAUGGCGUUCAAGCCAAGUGUUGACUUCACACUAGUUGUGAGUGACUGCAUACACUAUGGUGAAUCCCCAAGCAAUUCACUACUGCACUCCAAAAGGGAGAGGGCUUUUCACACAGGCCUGCAAUAUACUCUAUCCCAUUAUAAAAUAUCUUUCACCACAGUCAUUCUUAACAGGUGCCUUCACUAUUACUAAGGAGUUUGUUUUUAUUAUUGUAAUACACUAUAUAUAUUAUUAUCAUCAUCAAACAGGUUUUUAUUUAUGUGUUUGACCAUUUGUUAAUUACUCUGUAUGAAGUCUUGCUCUGUUCUGAUGUCCACACUAGCAGUCUACCUAGGACGGAGCAAUAUGUUUGGAAUGCAUUCUAUAUAGUAUGCUAGAGUUGAGUUCUGAUUGUAGCCUCUGUUUGUGUUUUAAAUGUAGCAGAAUAUGGUAGUACCAUUCCCAAGUGCUAGUGUAGUCUUGUGUCUCCAGUUCAGUCUUGUGUUUUUGCUUUUAGCUUUAGAUGGCAUAAAUCAUAUUUUAUGUUUGAUAUUUGUGAUCACCGAGAAAGCUCAACCAUCCUGCCUUUGACUGAAAAGAUGCUCAGCAGAAUUUUAACCCUGGGUGCUUUUGUAUUAGGUGAUGUUGUAAGCAUAGAAAUACAAUUAUUAGAUUGUAAUGGUAACUAGAUUACUAAAUAGUAAUUAUAUUUCUAUGGUUGUAAGAUGUCCAAAAGGUUUCUAGAAAUUUUUAUUUUAAUAAAUGGCCAUGUAGCUUACAAUAUAAUACAUGUUCUUGUACAAUUUGUAUAUCUAGCCCGUCUUUCUUUUAUUGAAAGUUGAUCCAAUGGUUCUUGUUUUCUCAUAACAACAGUUAAAAUGCAAUAUUAUAACUAUCAAUAUCCCAAUAUGGAACAUCUCUGAUAAUAAAAUACACAACAGGAAUAUUAUACAACGGGUGAUUUGUGUUCUUUGUCGUAUUUGGUUCGACAUGGGGGCUCGUAUUUGGCUGUUUAGAAGUACGACAUGGGCGAGUGUAAUUCUGGAGGUUGCAUUUCAAUCAUAA